AUGGUGAAGAAGGGACAGAAGGGACCUGGCAAGCCCUUCCUCGAGUGGUGCGCGGAGAACGGGGAGCGCGGCGAGAGGCUCGCCAACGAGUUCCGCGAGGAGCUGCCGACGGAGCUGACGAAAGGGUCGAAGUACGAGGCGAAGUGGAAGUGUUUGAAGUGCAAGCACGUGUGGCGGGCGAAGAUGUUCAGCCGCACGAAGAGCGACAAACCCUGCGGGUGUCCGAAGUGCGCGAAUCGCAUGCCGGCGAGCAAGACGAGCAACUUCCUCGUGUGGUGCGAGAAGAACGGCGAGCUCGGGAAGAAGUUGUCGCGCGAGUACGUCGAUAAGGACAAGCCACCGACGGCGGUGACGAAAGGGUCGGACUACAAGGCGCUGUGGAAGUGCAGCAACGUCGAGUGCAAGCACGUGUGGCGGGCGAAGAUGUUGAACCGCACGACGAGCAACAAACCCCGUGGGUGUCCGAAGUGCGCGAAUCGCAUACCGCUGAGCAAGACGAACAACUUCCUCACGUGGUGCGAGAAGAACGGCGAGCUCGGGAAGAAGUUGUCGCGCGAGUACGUCGAUAAGGACAAGCCGCCGACGGCGGUGACGAAAGGGUCGAACUACAAGGCGCUGUGGAAGUGUGAGGAGUGCGCUCACGAGUGGCGGGCGAAGAUGUUCCACCGUACGAACAGCGACAGACUCACCGGGUGUCCGAAGUGCUGA